AUGGAAUUCGUACAGCAAGCCAGCGCGAGCCCCAUGCCCGACGGCGUCACAGACCCCGACUACAGACCCCUCCCAGGUCGCCUCGGUAAUCUCACCGUAGGCCAACAGCACAUACUCGACAAGUUCCGCAAGGAGCUCCAAGAUGAGGGCGUAUUUGUGCCAGAAAGGAUGAACGAUGCCAUGCUGCUUAGAUUCUUGCGCGCGCGCAAGUUUGACCUGGCGAAGGCGAAGGCGAUGAUCAUCGCGUGCGAGGAGUGGCGGAAGGACUUUGGCGUAGAUGAGAUUUACAGCAACUUUGAUUUCCCGGAGAUCGCGGAGGUGGAUAAAUACUACCCCCAAUAUUAUCACAAAAUGGACAAGGAGGGGCGGCCGGUGUAUGUCGAGCGGUUAGGGCUGCUCGAUAUGAAGGCGCUGUACGCGAUCACGACGCCAGAACGGCAGCUGCAGCGGUUGGUGUACGAGUACGAGAAGAUGCUCAAGGAGCGGCUGCCCGCGUGCUCCAAAGCGAUCGGCCACCCCGUUGAGACGUCGUGCACGAUCCUCGACCUCCAGAACGUGUCUCUGUCCAACUACUACCGCGUCAAGGACUACCUCAUGUCCGCCGCGUCCAUCGGCCAGGAUCGCUACCCGGAGACGAUGGGCAAGUUCUACAUCAUCAACGCGCCCUGGGCAUUUUCCACCGUCUGGACGUUCAUCAAGCCUUGGCUCGACGAGGUCACCGUGAAUAAGAUUUCUAUUAUAGGUGCGGCCUAUCAGGACAAGCUCCUCGCGCAGAUUCCAGCGGAGAAUUUGCCAAGGGAGUUUGGUGGGAUGUGCGAAUGCGCCGGCGGCUGCUCCCUCAGCGAUGCGGGGCCAUGGCAUCCGCAGUGA